CACUGUACACUGCACAACGCACACUCAUCCCUCCAUCCAUCCACGUGUGUGUGUAUGUGGGUUGGUUGGCACAGGCUACGUCCGCCCCGUCCUCUGCCUCACUCCUGCCGCACCCCCACCCGAAUCGGUCGUCACUGCCGAGCUCUCACUGCUCUUCUCACCCACACGCACCUCUCCAUCCUCUUUCUUGCCCUCCGCUGCCCUCUCCUUCCCCCUCUCGGCCACCUUGAUCUGUCCGUACCAGAAACUCCCCGCCAGGGUGAGCAUGAUGCCCAUGGUCGACUUGGCCGUCACCUUGUCGCCCAGCACCACAAUGCCGCCGAGGGACUGCAGACAGGCCUUGCCGUACCCCACUACGUUGAAGGUCAGUGGUGAAGUCACCCGCACGCACCAGAAGGACGUCACGUUGAAGAAGGAGCUGAGCAGCCCCGACAGCAGCAGCCACCCCCACACGUGAUAGUCGGCCGCCAGCAGCUCUCGCCACACGUGAGCCUCACCAGCCGCGUAGAUCGCCGGCAGGAAGAGCACGGAGGCCAGCAGAAAGUUGUAGCCGCUGACAACAUUCUGGUCGUUGUUGCAGGCAAUGAUGGCCCUCUUGAUGAACACCAUGUAGAUGGCCUGGAACACCGAGCUACAUGCCCCAGUUAUCACGCCGAGUAGCUGCAAGGUUGAUGGGUCAAAGGAGCCAACCAAAAACCCACUCACCACCAGCACACACGCCAGCCGCACCUUGACCGAGCUGACGUGGCCCAGCACCAGAUACGACAGCACCAGGUUGAAAAGCAGUGUCAGCGAGCGGGCCACUUGGUAGGUGGACACUUGGACGAAGAGCAGGCACGUGUUGGAGAAGGAUAUCAUGCCCACGAAGGACAGGGUCAGGGGGAGGAUCGCCUUUGCCGUCCUCCAGGAGGGCCUGAAGCGGGGCACGAUGGGUGGCAUCGAUGGAGGAAACACUGCUCCAAGCUCCCCCAAGCCAACGUAGAGCAACAGCCCGACCACCUGACAGCAUUCGCAACGCAAGGAGAGGUGGAACGUUUCGUGCCGUGGACCAACGCGUGUGUGGCCCCCGGCGCAUCGUUGCACAUCAAUCAUAUCAUUCAUCAGGAGAGGUGGGACUGUCGGCAUACAAUGACUGGCUCCCCUCACCUGCUGGAACCAUGAUACGAAGACUGGGUAUUUGAACGUGUCAGUGAAGAUCCGCCUGCAUGCGCCAUACCAUUCACACCCCCGCACACACAGAGAAGAGAAAGCAGUGAGUGAAUCAUCGUCAGUCAGAGCACGAGUGCGCUUCUCCCAUAUAUCCGUGAAAUCAUCCAUCGUUGCUAGCAUCACACCUGUUGACGAAGACGAUGCUGAGGGAUACGAGAGAGUACGAGACAAUGGAGGCGCCCACCUCCACUGCAUGAUGGUGCUCCCCUCGAAAAUGCUGCCUUUCCUUUGACGAAUGCAUCCACCAGCACCGAAGGCAUCCCAAGCACCUCACUCCUCACAGCGUGUUGAAG